AUGGUUUGUGAUCAUGUUCUCUAUCGUACAGUGGUUCAAACUGCUUUUUUUCUUGGUAUAAUGGCAGGUGAAAUGUUUUUUGGUACUAUGUCUGAUAGUCGAUUUUUACUUGUUGGUUCAGUACGAGGUAUAAUUGAAACUGGCUUUGUACUUGUCACAGAAUUAGAACAAGCUGAUAUGGCUUUAUUAUUUCCUGAAACAUUAAACAGAUCAUUACCACAAACAGUUGAAGAAGUCGAUCUGAUGGGUCUAGCUUUUGGUAUAUUACGUCGUGAUUCAUUGAAUGCUGCAUAUGUCAAGGAUGAUGGGCCUGCUGUACAAGAAUUAACAGAAAAUAUAGACAGUGUUGGUGAAGUAAACAUAUAA